UACAUUUUGGUCGGAGAUUUGGAAGAACUUCUCAUUACAAAAUUGAAAGUAAACAUCUGAAUUCACAUUUUUUUUUUUUUUUUACAAUUCAACUGUUUGUUAUUUGGGGGACAAUUCACAUUCACAAGUGCAAAUGGGCCAAUUCACAAACUUGCUUAAUGUUUUCCAUCUGGACAUAAAAUCAUGUACCAAAACCAUUGAGCACAUGGAAAAUAUGAAAAGGAAAAGAACAUUUUAAAAGAGCUGCAUUGUUUAAUUUUUUUGUCUUCCUUUAUUCUAUUUUAUAUAUCUAUUUUAAUGUAAGCGUCUGGAUUGUAAAUAUUAACUGUUAAUCUGUUUUCUUGAUCUUGUGUAUUAUAUUUUGUUUUUAAUAAAGUUUUGAAGGGGGAAAAAACAGAAACGUGGGGACGUCAGUCGGCGUCGGCGUCAGUUUACGUCAUUUUGCCGGGAAUGUUGGACCACGUGUCUCCUGCCGGCUGUAAUUCACUACUCCUCAUUCUGAAACAUAUCGGGGCGGGGAGUGGGCUCGUAAGAUGGCGGCGCGGUGGAGAACAGGCGAGGAAACUUUAACAGCGUGCAAUAUGGACCUUUCUCCAUUAGAAACACUAGACGAGACGGACAGACUCAUCUCAGGAGGAGGUCUGGAUUCCCUUCAAGGCUGUUUAGAUCCCUCCAUUCUUUCCAUCUUUGAAGACACGCCAACAGUAGAGACUAAAGACGAGGAGAGUGAGACGAUGCUGCUGACGGCUUUAACAGAGAUUCUCGAUAAUGUUGAAGAUGAGAACCUGUCGCCCUUUGACACACUACCUGACUCAGAGCUGCUGUCUAAUCAGAAGGGCAGAGAACACUCUCCGCUCAGGAGAAUGCUGUAUCUGUCUAGCUCUCCUCAAGAGACGGAUUCAAUGAAUAUUGCACGACCUUUGUCAACUGGAAAGAGUUUACCCAGAAUGCAGGGGAAUUUCAUCCAGAGGAGUGAUGGGGAGGAAGAGGAGGAUAGCUCAAUUAAUUUAAGCCCCAACUCGUCAACGAACUGCGACUUGCCAGACUGGGAGGGGCUGACUCUCCCACUUCCCAUAACUUUUCAGCAGGGAACUGAAGGCGACCAUCCGCCAUUUAGUCUUGGAGACUUUGUCAGACACAUGCAUCCCUACUGUAUGACGAUAUGUGUGGAGAAUGAGCAGGGGGAGCACAUGUUACCAGAAGGAGGAAUAUUGCUUGAGGUCGUAGACAAGGGAGAAAAUGGAGAACCUAUUCUCGCCAUCCCAAACAUAGAGCUUCCAAUCUCAGUCCCCCUAAAGGAGGCGUCCUCAGAAAAGGAGCAGAGAGUUUCAGUUGAAGCUGAAGAGGAUCUCACUGACAGUUCGGAGCAUAUCGUCGUUGAUGACGAAGACGAUGUAAGGCCUUGCAAGGAGGGUCCUCUGGAUUUCAUCUGUCCGGUUCCACGAGUCUCCAAUAUGAAGGAUGAGAUUGCAUCGAAAAAAGAAGUAAAAACCAAAAAUCCAACACGGAGGAAAAAGAAACCAGACAAAAAUCCCAAACCUGCAGAAGGACGGGUCCUCAGAAGCGGCACAGUCUGUAAAACGACCAGAGAAUCACUGAAAAAAGCUAAAAAGCUUUCUGCCAAGGAAGAGAAGAACCCCAAAAUUUCAGAGGUUCCUCCGUCUGUAGCCAGUGAAGUCCCUAAAGAAAUAAAACCUAGUCAAACUGAAACAAAGGGAAAGACCACUGCAAUAGAAGUGUCUGAAUGUAAUGUGGCACCACUUUCACCAGAACAGGAAGAAGUUUUAAACAGUGCUGCUGAGAAAAAACAGUCCUCCGCUACUCCAGCAGCAGUAAAUAUCCCAGAACAGCCGGUCACAGCUGCUGUGGAGACGGAAGGUUCAACAGUUCCACCCUCUGGGGCUUCUUCAGAGAACCCCAUACCUGCUUCCAACACAGAACCUGCUAGCAUAACCGCACCAGUGCCAGAGCCCAAACCCAAAUCCCUCAGUCUGGAAGAGUACAGACGCCUCAGACAGCAGAGGAAGCCCACCCCGGUGGAAGUCCAAGACAACAACAGCACCAAAUGGCCCAGCCUUCCUGAGCCUCCCAAAGAGCUCCCCCCCAUCCCCUGCCUGCUUCAGUCCAACCCCAAAGACCCACGACGUCCCGGCCCACAGGCGGUGAAGAAAGACGUGGAAGAAGUCAGACCUGCUUGGCAGCCAAGAGGACCAGGCGCACCGCCCACACCUGAAGCCCUAUUGGUUCCACCGGCAUACAUGAUGUCUUCAACCAGCAAAGUUGCAGCAUCUACUCCUAAAGCCCAGAAAACACAGGAUGUUUUACCCCAAAUGCCUUCUCCUCCAGCCCCCAGCUCGGUUAAGAAUUUAACCCAAACCCCUGUCCAGCCUGAAGUACCUUCUGUGCCUCAGAGUGCAGCACCUCCAGCUUCUGUAGAGGUUAUCUCCCAGAUUAAAUUUUCAAAAGAUGGAACACAUUCUCCUAUUCCUUCACAGAGAAGUGACUCUGUUGAACCAACUCCUAAGAUCACACAGACUCAUCCCACCACCAUCAAUGAAACCAUGCAGGUUGCAUCCAAGAAUCCAUCAAAGAAGCCACUUGAGAUCACAGCUUUAACCAGCUCUGAUGGAAAAUCUACAAGACUUCCUGCCACCAGUCCCCAAACUUCUUCAGGUCUUUCAAAGCCGCAGGGCGUGGCUCCAGGGAUCCAACAACAUAAAGACAAACGCACUACAGCAAUCCUCCAAAAAGCAAACAAGUCCACCCAGGAGUUAAUUGAGGCGUUUACAAGUGAAAUAGGAAUUGAAGCUGCUGAUCUGACCAGUUUACUGGAGCAGUUUGAAGAAACUCAAGCCAAAGAGGAGCAAUGUGUACCGGAGGUCUGUGGUAGAGCAGCAGCUGUAGGAAACUCGAGCAUUGAAGCUCCAGAGAAAACCGUUGUGGAGCGUGUAAGAGCUAAUGACUUCUCCAGCAUUGCAGCUCUGACCCCUCCAGCCACUCCCCCUCACCAAAUGUGGAAACCUUUGGCGCCUGUGGCUCUUCUCAAAGUAGAGGGAAAGGCUGGAGAAGGACCCAAACUCAGCCCCUCUAAAGUUAUCCAGAUAGAGCCGCAGCCUCUGCCGUCAGCGCGGUCCCACAGCAAACUGGCCUCUCCAGCUGCUGCCGCGGUUCCCUCUUACCUCGCCUGCAUGGAUCACGACUACUGCCUUCCCAGCAAAGGCACUUCCUCAUGGGAGCAAGGAAAACGCUGGAAUGUCAAACAGCAGUCCUCUAUCGUCAUUAAGACCAUUAAGGAACAUGCUCCUUCACAAAUGACUCAAUGCUCCCUGCCACCAACAAAUACUGUGCUUCCAACCAAACCUCAAGAUACCCCACAGGCUGAGCAUCCAGAACAGAAGACCAACCAUGGGUCAGAUGGAGACUCUAUUCUGGAGACUCCUGCUCCUUCACCUUCUCAGCUGGAAACUGAAACUACUUAUAAGGUCAGGAGCCCAAAGAGACGGCAGUCAGAGAGGAGGAUCUACCGUCAACGUGCUGCUUCUCGCACACCCAGCCCCAGAUAUAGUCGCAAAGAAAGACCCAGUCGCAGAUCAGAGAAAAGGUCUCGCUGCUCUCCUAGCCCUACGUCUACCAGCUCAGACUCCUGCUCCUCUAGGUCUAGAUCUCUGUCUAGAUCCUGCUCUCCUGCAAAGAAACGUUACCGCGACUCUGAUAGCCACUCUAGAUCGUCGUCCCGCUCCUCCUCUCGGUCUUCUUGCUCUAUGUCUCCCUCCCCUCCCAGGAGGAGAAGAUACUCCUAUUCAUCCUCUCGAUCUGGCUCCUGGAGUCGCUCCAGGUCCCGGUCUCGGUCCCCUCAGAAGCAAACACAGUGGAAUAGAAGCAGAAGAUUGUACAGCCCCACAUACAGACCCAGAUACAGUCACGGUACAAAGGCUACUGCAGACGAAAUGAAGAGGCGCAAGGAGAAAGCCAUUGAAGAGCGACGGAUUGUUUACGUUGGACGAAUCCGUGGAACAAUGACUCAGAAAGAACUCAGGGAUCGCUUCUCUGUAUUUGGCCGGAUUGAGGAAUGUACCCUGCACUUUAGAGAUCAUGGGGACAACUACGGGUUUGUGACUUUUUUUGACACCAAGGAUGCUUUUUCAGCCAUUGAGAAUGGAAGCAAGCUGCGCAACCCUGACGAGCUGCCGUUUGAUCUCUGUUUUGGUGGAAGAAGACAGUUUUGUCAAAGCAGCUAUGCUGAUUUAGAUUCAAGCAGAGAGUAUGAGCCAUUGCCAACAAAGCGCAAGUUGAAUGCACUAGACUUUGACACUUUAUUGAAGCAGGCUCAGCAGAAUCUGAGGAGGUAACGGGACGCCUGCAGGAAGAAGCAGUCGAGACUUACCUCAGAAUCCAUGGGUGGAUCCACAUCUACAACACUUUACAUUUUGCUUCAUGCCUUCAUUUGUUUGUUGUUUUGUUUUGGAAAGCUAACCCCUUCUAUUGAAGUGAAAAUUUAUAAAGAAACUGGUAAAAGCAUGGAAAAAAAUGAAAAAGCAAAAUAUUUUUUUUAUUAUUUAAAUGUACAAUCGUGGAAAGAAUUGUAUGGAAUGAAUUGAUUAAAAGGUUAAUCUCUCUAAUUUACCUAAUUUGCAAAAUUAUGUGACACAUUAAAAUGUCCCAGAGGUCUAAAUAAAAUGUUUUAUCAAA